UUUCCGGAUGUUACCAUAAAUCAUUACGGUUUCGACAUUACCCCCAAAGCAAAUAAAGAUACAAUCGCGUAUGUUUACGAUAAACUAGCUUAUCAAAAUGGGUUUAAUGCCGUUUUUGACGGUAACACCUCGAUUUAUUCGGCAACUCCUUUAAGUCUCGAGAAUGAGAGGGGUGGAAACCAUUUUGAGUUACAUGUAUCACAAAAUGAUGAUUAUAGAGUUCGUAAUGGAUCUUAUAAAGUUACAAUCCGUUUUAUUCAAGAACUUUCUUUCGAUGAACUUCAAAAAUUUGUCACGGGAAGCAUUGCUUCCGUCGGUGAGGUGAUUAAGUGUAUAAUGGCAUUAAACACGUAUAUCAAUUUUACUGUUCGCCGUAAUUAUCCUGCCAUCGGGAGAAGCAUUUUUCCACAUUCACGGCAAGUCGUUUGUCCUGAUCUUAACUUAAAUCCAAUCGUUCUUCCUGGUGCAUUUGAAUUAAGACUAGGAUUUUAUCAAUCAUUACGUCCCGUAUGGAAUUCCUUGGCAAUAAAUGUGGAUGUUUGCGCAAGUGUAUUUUAUUUAGGAGGACCCUUCUUAGAAGUGAUAGCAAGGUUACUUAAUAAACAUAAUAUAGACGAAUUCCGGCAAGGGCUAUCGUCACGUGAAUGGACGAUAUUAGCAAAAUUCGUAAGGCGUCUAAAAAUACGCACUAUUCAUCGUGGCCAACGUAGACCUGUGUACAUUGUUCGAAAAUUAUCAACUGAACCCGCCGAUCGCCUAUAUUUCAAAAUAAAUGAAGCGAAGGUUUCCGUCGCCGAAUAUUUCUAUAGGACUUAUAAUCGUAGAUUAAGUUUUGAAAAUUUACCAUGUGUUAUGGUAAGAAAUGAUGUAUACUUACCACUAGAA